AACCCGCCCCCCUAAACUGCUGCGGUCUGCUCGCUGGUCGCAAGUUGUUUCAGUUCUGUGCAGCAUCUGAACAAGCCAAACAAGGAGGAACAACACUUGUGUUGAAAAUAUAUCGUGCACUUCAGGAUGGACAUUAGUGCUGCUGAGCCAACAGACCUGACUGGGGCUGAGGAGGCUGAAAUAGAGACAAUCAGGAAGCACAAACAGGAGCUCUUGGAUGACAUUAAGAGGCUGAAGGAAGAGAUUGCUGAGGUGUUUGCAGAGAUUGAACGUUUCCAACAUGCAGAGAAGCAAGAGCUGUCACAGAGGGAUAAAAUUCUGUCCCUGGGCCGGAAGAAAUUCAACAUGGAUCCUGAAAAGGGGAUCCAGUAUCUGAUUGAGCAUCAGGUGUUGUCCUCAGACCCGCAGGAGAUUGCCAGAUUCCUCCACAAGGGUGAAUGCCUGAACAAGACAGCCAUUGGGGAUUACCUGGGUGGGAGGGACCCCACAAACAUUCAGAUCCUCCAGGCUUUUGUGGCAUGUCACCAGUUUGCCAACCUCAACCUGGUGCAGGCCCUGAGACAGUUCCUCUGGAGCUUCCGGCUACCCGGGGAGGCGCAGAAGAUUGAUCGGAUGAUGGAGGCCUUUGCCAACUGGUACUGCAGGUGUAACCCAGGAGUGUUCCAGUCCACAGAUACCUGUUAUAUACUCUCCUUCUCUAUCAUCAUGCUUAACACCAGCCUGCACAACCCCAAUGUGAAAGACAAACCSCACUUUGAGAGGUUUGUGUCCAUCAACAGAGGCAUUGACAAUGGAGGGGACCUGCCAGAAGAGCUCUUAAAGAAUCUGUUUGAGAGCAUAAAGAACGAGCCGUUCUCCAUACCAGAGGAUGAUGGCAAUGACCUCACCCACACUUUCUUCAACCCUAACCAUGAAGGCUGGCUGCUGAAACUAGGAGGACGUGUGAAAACCUGGAAACGCCGUUGGUUCAUUCUGACUGAUAACUGCCUGUAUUACUUUGAAUAUACCACGGACAAAGAGCCUCUGGGCAUUGUCCCCUUGGAGAACCUGUCAGUCCGGAAGGUGGAUGACCCCAAAAAGCCGAAUUGCUUUGAACUCUUCAAUCCCAACUGCAAAGGGCAGAAGAUCAAAGCCUGCAAAACAGAUGGGGAUGGGAAGGUGGUUGAAGGCAAGCAUCAAUCCUACAAGAUCUCAGCAGCUACACCAGCAGAGCGUGAUGAGUGGAUCGAGGCAAUACGGUGA